UUUGAAUAAAACGAAAGUGAGGAAAAUGGUGCGGGCACACUUAAAGAACGAGAGCUCUGCCAUUAUCACUACACAAGGAAACUAGCAAACAUUUCGGAUAACAACUAAUAAGCAGUGAAGCAAGUUUGACCUUGUUUAUCAUGUGCGUAGUGUCUGGACUUCUGAUCAUCCCUUGUAUGUUUUGCGAUCGGAUAACUCCCGGUGCUGCAGACGGGGAGCUCUGUCAUCUCACGAAAACAUUGUAUAAAAAACUUUGCAUGCCGUAGUUUACACAGGACUGGCGGGAAAUGUGCAUUGCUACUCCUUCAUUCUUCAUGUUAUGUGGUUUACUUUGAUAGGUGAACUGUCUUUCCCGCGUCUCAGCGCGACAUCCGACGGGUUUUCUCAGAUCGCAUCACAUAUGUCUAGUCAUUAACAAUGACAGGUGAAAACACGCACGUCCCUUCGCGAGCAUAUCACGCUCUAAUGAAGGGAAACGGGGAGUUACAAAUUGCCCUCAUUGUAAUCCGUCAAAAUGACAGACGGCCUUCAGAUUUUUCCAUCACUGGUAAAAAAAAAGAGAAUUUUCGGUUAACGCGACCUCUGGUACACACACUUACAGGAAAAUCUGGACCACGGCCAAUCAGAGGGGGGUCCGCCCUUCACUAUCUCUGAUUGGUUUAGACCACGAUAUGGGCCUAAUGUGUGUCUGUUGUUGAAUCACAGGGAGACUUUCAGAGUCGCAGAGACUUUUUUCUCCCUCGAACGGCUGGUCGCACCGGUGCGAUCUCAGAUUUUUCUUAGUCGCACCAUUGAGAAAUAAAGUCGCACUCUAGAGCCCUGAUUCAGGGAUUUCAUCAUCAUCUGAACGUCCUUCAGCACUCACUACACUCAUGUCAAUGUGAGCAUGUGACCUGACACACGUGUCUACUGACUAAAAGAGAUCAUAAUAAUAAACACAGACGUGUGCUUUAUUAUCUGCUGCUCUUUUAUUAAACUCUCUUGCUCUUUUGUGGCGUUGUAAGAGUUGAACAUUACACGACACUUUGUCUGUUCAUAUCCUCAUCUCACCUGGUCAUGUGACACAACAGAAUGCAGACCGUUUCCCAGACGACAAUGCAUUGUGACAAUCGCCUUGACAACCGCUUGUGUAACAGGACGCAGGUGGUGGUGUGACAUCUCUAACACCACUUGAAGUGAUCGGUUCUGUUCCAGAUUCAUGAGGUCAUGUGUCUGCGUGUGUUUGACUCAGAAUAAAGGGCUAUAAUCAUAUCAUGUUAUGAAGAUGGAUUGUUUUCUCUUGUGUUGUCGUGACCGGCAGACACAUAUUGUGCAGCUAACACACAGCAGUCCUUGUGUUCUCCUAACAGAUAACAGAUUGCGUUCUCUCUCUCUGUGGAACAUGAUGAGGAGCUCAUUGAAUUAUUUGAUCACUGAAAGAAUAUAAGUGAGUGUUUUCUCUCAGGAUAAUCAUUGUGUUCAUCUUGUGUAUCUAAGCUGGAGUUGUGAGGAGAAUUAGUGUGCGUUUGUGAACAUGGAUGGACACACACACUCUUCAUCACAGCAGACGUCUCCAGCGGGACAGAUUUCACUGCUCGUGUCUAGCAGAUCUUUAGUCUGUUCACCGAUCUCACACACACACCUCUGGGGCAGUAACGGGUCUCUCCGGCUGGAGAUGUGUGUGUUCACACCAUUCACUCUUUCACUGACGACCGACAAGAUCACACGGAGAGAGAGAGAGAGAGACAGAAGAUCACAGUGUGUUGUUUAUAUUUGUGACGAUGAUGGACGGAGAGAUGUGAGGUGAAGACAUGAUGAUGUAGUGUGCAGAAACACAUGUCGGUGCAUCUGAACCUCCUCUAUCUUUGCACCUGAUGUCCAUCCAGUGAAGAAUGCUUUUGUGAUUUUAUUUCAUUUCUUCUCAACCAUGCUCUUCCUCUCAUGUAAACACAAUCAUCAGUUCGUUGAGGUUUGCUGUUUAUUGAAUGAUGUUUAAAGUCACGUGUGCGUGUGUGUGUUUUGUCAGGGGGUAACAUGGACAGUCUCCAGCAGGCUCUGCAUCAGUCCGUGUUUCUCUCGGCUCUGUCGGCUCACCCGUCUCGUGAUCUGCCGCUGUGUUGGGAACAGCACUGUAAACUGCUGCCGGGUGUGGCGGGCGUUCAGGCCAGUCGUGUUGCUCACUGGACCGCAGAGGAGGUGUCCGAUUUUAUUCAUUCUUUACCCGGCUGUGAGGAACAAGCCAAGCAGUUCAGAGAGGAGGAAAUCGACGGUAAAGCCUUUCUGCUGUUGACGCAGCGAGAUAUCGUGAAGAUCAUGAGCGUGAAACUCGGCCCCGCCCUCAAGAUCUACAACUCCAUCCUGAUGUUCAAACACGGCGAGGACAACCAAUCAGCGAGCAGCGAUACUAACACAUGAAGCUCGAGCGAUGACAGGUCCCGUAUGUAUGUGAAACAUGGAUGUCUACUGUAUUGAUGCAUUCCGACACCUCUCGUGCCCCAAACGCCUUCCGUUACUGCGAGCAGAUCCUUCAGGUUCCUUCUGCCUUUGACCAGCCAUACAGGAUGUUCUGCACACGCUUGUUCCCGCUCUACAUACAAACUCAGUCACGUGACAAUCAGGCCAACACGGCCGUAUCAGGGCUCUCUCUCUCUCUCUCUCUCUCUCUCUCUCUCUCUCUCUCUCAGUCACGGUGCUAACAGAUGAACAGGGACUCACUUCUCUUGUGUUGAAGGAGUAGUUCAACAAAACAUGAUAGUCGUGUCAUCAGAUACUCGCUCUCUUUCCAAACAUCUGUGACGUCAGCAACACGCUCUGAUGUGAUGUCAUAUAAAGAUCGCUGGAGAUUCAUCUUUCCUGUGGUGUCGCGAGUAACCGAUGAGCGUAUUUUCAUCUUUGCCUGAACAAACCCUUUAAAGUGCUUGACGUUCUGUUAUUGUGUAAAGUUGUGUAUGAUUUACUGUAUCUACUGAAUCAUCUUUUAUUUAUUGUGCAAAACCAAAGGCUGUUUGCACAGAGAAGGAUCAAUAAUAUAUUGUAUAUUAUCAAUUUCCAAAUGCCAAAAGGAUAUCUUUUAAAUUGAAGAGUGUCUAUUUUUGUGAUGUAGUGCACAGACACGUGAGAAUUAGACGAUUCCCCAUUUAUGUUGAAGAGAAUUUUCUGAAAGUAAGUGAAAUAGUUUUGUGUACGUGUGAAUGUCACUUUCAUCUGCUUCAGUGGUCUGAAUGAAAGGUCACGCAUCAUGUGAACUCUCCUUUAGCAUCAGGGCAUUUUCCAACGGAUAUUUAAAGCAAACGUUAUAUAUUUGCUACUGUACCUCUAUCUGUUUUGAUCUGAGAAUUUAUAUUCAUUUCAUUUUGAAGACGUUUAUUUAAAUCUAGCCAAACAUCAAGCAAACGUCAGGAAUGUAAAUCCCUCUCUCUUCUGUAUUUUAAUGUUUAUUUCCGAGCACAGAGGUCGAUUUUAUUUUGUUCUCUGUAUUUCAGUAGAUUUAGAUAUGGUUUGAUUUCUUCUGUACAUAUUUAUCAAGCCUCUUUCUUAAACUCACACUUUGUGCAACAGAACUUAUUCAGACAACAUCGGCUCACCAAUAAACAAAUGCACGUCUCCCACAUGAA